CCUAAUUAUACUCCCCCUGCCUUCAUUCACAUUUACAGUUUUUUUCAUCUAUAAAUCUCUCUCAAAUUUCGCCGCCUGCAUUGCUGUGUCCUCAUUCCCCGAACUGCAGAAUUGUUGAUUGCGCCGUCUGUUCGAACGCGUUCGUGUCUCGCUAAGCUGAAAUUUAAUACAAUUUUCCCCCGACUGCACAAAUUAUUGACUUUAAAAGGGUUGAGGCAGGGAAACAGAGCAUUACUGAUAGUUCAAUCAGUAAGGGAACAGUACAUUCACGAGGCUCGGUAAAUUUUGUGUAGAGCAGGAAAAAGUGGGGCAAAAUCGAAUUUGGCUUUAGAUUUGUAUUUAUAUUUAUGGUCCAAGACUAUUUGGAUCAUGUCUGGUGCUGAUGGAAAGAACUGAACCUGCAUUGGCUCCAGAAUGGUUGAGAUGUUCAGGGAAUGCUGCUGGAGGCAGCACCUCAGUCCACCACAAAGAUGUCUCUUCUUCUGCACACUCCACACAGAGUAGAUAUCUUAGGAGCAAUAGCAAGAAAGAUAGCCCACGUUAUUUGGACAGAAACUGGUCAUCUAGUUCAAGGCACAGUGCAAGUAGUAAUGGCUCUACGAAGCAUCCAUACAGUAGCUUUUCCAGGAGCCGAUGGGACAAAAACCGCGAUAGGGAAAAAGAAAAGUCUCUUUCCAGAGACAUAUGGGAUCAUGACUCUUCUGAUCCCCUGCCAAGUAUAUUAACCAGUAGAGUUGAAAAAGGUGGCUUGAGCCGUUCUAAGUCAUUGGUUUCUAGAAAGCCCGGUGAGCCAUUGCCUCGAAGAGCGGACGACUCAAGGGUUAGCGGCAAUGGUGUGCUUUCUGCAGGCAGUAAUCAUAGUACGAAUCAGAAGGCAGUCUUUGAUAAGGAUUUUCCAACUUUAGUGACUGAGGAGAAGCAAAAUGUGAGUGGGAUUAAGAGAGUCUUAUCCCCUGGUUUGAGUUCUGCAGUUCAAAACCUGCCACUGGGUCAUUCAGGGUUUCUUAAUGGUGAGAAAUGGACUUCUGCUUUGGUUGAGGUGCCUGCUGUUCUUGCAAGUAACGGCAUGGGCCAAUCUUCUCUUACACAGACAGCUGGUCUCAACAUGGCUGAGGCAUUAUCACAACCCACUGCACGAGUUCAUGCUAAUCCCCUGCAACAUGAUAAGACCCAGAGGCUUGAGGAGUUGGCUAUUAAGCAGUCCAGACAGUUAAUUCCUAUGAAGCCCUCAAUGCCUAAACCCUUGGUUCCUAGUUCCAUUGAUAAAUCUAAACACCCAAAGGCUUCUGGUAAAAACAAUGAAACAAUUCUUUCCAAGCUUGUCCAUCCACAACCUCAUUCGUCUCAGCUUCCUAAUCAGUCUCAUGCUGGACAAAUCAAACCAGAUUCUGCUAGCACAUCUCAUGCCAGCAAAUUUAUUGUUCUAAAACCAGGACGUGAGGUUGCUCCUUUGGGAGGAAAGGAUGGAUUAAGUAAUGGUUCAAAUGGCAGAGUAAUUAAUGAUAGCCAAAUUAAUAUUGCUCCUCCAAAGUCAUCGACUGCUCUAAUAAGCAAGUCUGUAGCGUCUGCUCUGGAAAACAAUGCUGCUGCCUUGACAAUAAGUUCGAGAUCCACAGUGGACAAGAAAUCGGCCCAAUCUCUGGCCCAAAGCAGAAGUGAGUUUUUUAAACUCAUGAGGAGAAAAGCUUCUUCAUCAUCUAGUGGCUCAACCAGUUGCUCGGAUUCAAAUUCGGGUAUUUUACCCUCCACUAAAGAGACAUGCAUUGAAAAAUGUAAAGAAGACAAUGGAGACACACGUUCUUCUUGUGCUUUAGAGAAUGAUUGCGAGAAAAAAGGUUUUCUUGAUGAUGGAGAUUGCAGUUUGUCUGGUAAUGGAUCGAUAUAUCCUGAUGAAGAAGAGGCUGCUUUUCUUCGUUCGCUUGGUUGGGACGAAAAUGGUGGAGAAGACGAAGGCUUGACAGAGGAAGAGAUUAAUGCUUUUUAUCGAGAGAACCGGGUCGAAGUUCCCAACCCAAAUGCUCAACACUAUCGACACCAAAUGCCAUUUCAGGAGUUUCUAUUUCCGACUCGAGUUCCUCUGAAUCUGAGCCUGAAGCUUGAUGACUUCCAGAAAUGGCUCCAGAGGGUGAUAUGGUUUUCAUUUGGAUUGUACACAGCAACACCUGCAAUUCCUGUCCAAGCCGAAGGCCCAGAUUCCACAAGGGCAUCUUGUAUCAAUAGGCCAACUGAAGCAGCCAACGAGACAAACGACACAACAUAUGCAAUGAAAAGCCAAAGUUUCAACCUGCACACUCAGAAACUAUAA